AUGUCUCUAGGGAGUGCGCUUGCGCCAACCCACAAUGUAUUGGUAUGCCAUUCGCCAGAGCUACCGCCGCAGCAAGUGCGUUGUGUAGCUGAAUGCUACGGUGUAGUGUUGGAUAUUUCCUCGUACCACCUCGUUGACAACACCGAUCUUGUUAGCAUCGUACAAUAUCGCGAUCCAGAGAGCGUCGUGCUGUGCUACGAGUCUCUGAAAGCUCACAUGUCGCAAAAGGGGUCUCCAGUCAAGAAGGUUGCCUGGGUCCAUGCGAAGGCCACAUCAGAGAUAUUACAUAAGUCGUAUAUUCGGUGCCCGUAUAAGGAGGAAGAUACAGCUCCGACCAACCAUGCACACGGGUUUUUAGUGGCCUACCUUGGCGAGUUGGAAGACACCGUUCGCUCUCAGUUUCUUUGCUCGGUGAAAGCCGACACAAAUGCGGUGGACUUCUUCGUGGAUACAGAAUAUAAAGGGAGGUGUUUUCUCCACUAUCCUACUGUUGAGGCAGCUGAGGAGACACGUCGCGGCUUUUCCAUGUGUCAUCCCAGCUUGAGGAGGGCAAUCCACCACUGUGACGAGGCUGAUUAUUUUAAUGCGAGGAAGAAACAACUGCAAGUGGACAGAUGA